AUGAGUGGAGAAGGAAAAGUGGUGUGUGUCACUGGAGGGUCUGGAUACAUAGCUUCAUGGCUAGUCAAGUUCUUACUCAAGCGCGGUUAUACUGUCAAAGCCACUGUUCGUGAUCCAAAAAGACUCCACUUGUUUAAAGCAAAUUUGAUUGAAGAGGGGUCUUUUGAUCCUGUAAUUGAUGGAUGUGAUGGUGUCUUUCAUAUGGCCUCUCCUGUAUUUGUCGUAACAAAUGACCCACAGGCAGACUUGAUUGAACCUGCAGUACAGGGAACUCUAAAUGUUCUCAAGUCAUGUAAAAAAUUUCCUUCUGUCAAGAGAGUGAUUCUAACAUCUUCUAUGGGAUCUGUUUUUUUCAAUGGAAAACCUUUGACCCCUGAUGUGGUUGUGGAUGAGACUUGGUUUUCGGAUCCUGCCUUUUGUGAGUCAAAGAAGCUUUGGUAUAUGGCUUCAAAAACUUUAGCCGAGGAAGCUGCUUGGAAAUUUGCUAAAGAAUAUGGAAUCGACAUGGUCGCAAUGAAUCCAGGGUUUGUGAUUGGUCCUCUCUUACAGCCAACACUUAACUUCACUGUGGAGAAGUUUCUAAACCACAUUACUGGAGCUACAUUCCCUAAUGAAAUGUAUAGAUUUGUCGAUGUUAGAGACGUUGCAUAUGCACACAUUCAAGCUUUUGAAAUACCUUCAGCUGGUGGGAGAUAUUGUAUAGUUGGACAAGUUGGACACUUCUCUGAGGUUUUGGAGAUUGUGCAUGAAUAUUACCCUACUUUGCAUCUUCCUGAAAGAUGCGAAGAUGACAAGCCCUUUCCGCCGAGAUAUUGGGUAUUGUUGGAGAAAGCACAAACUUUGGGAAUUGAGUUCACUUUUCUGGACAGGACUGUAAAGGACACCAUUGAAAGUUUGAAGGAGAAGGCUCCCUUGUUAGUUGCCGGGGCAGUUGACACUGACACAGAGAGGAUGAGUCGAGGAGGAGAAGGGAAGGUGGUGUGUGUAACAGGAGGGUCAGGUUACAUAGCAUCAUGGCUACUUAAGCUCUUGCUUCAACGUGGCUAUACCGUCAAAACCACUGUCCGUGACCCAAAUGAUCCAAAGAAAGCUGAACACUUACUUGCUCUUGACGGAGCUAAGGAAAGACUUCGUUUGUUCAAAGCUAAUUUAUUGGAAGAAGGGUCUUUUGAUCCUGUUGUUGAUGGAUGCGAAGGUGUUUUUCAUACCGCUUCCCCUGUUUCUUUCUCACCCACUGGCGACCCACAGUUUGACCUCAUAGAUCCUGCCUUGAAAGGAACAUUAAAUGUUCUUAGAUCAUGUGCAAAAGUUCAUUCUAUCAAGAGAGUGAUUAUAACGUCUUCAACCGCAGCAUGUGUAUAUAGUGGAAAACCUCUGAACCCUGAUGUGGUGAUUGAUGAGACCUGGUAUUCAGAUCCAGUUAUCUGUGAGGAAUUGAAGGCUUGGUAUCCGCUUUCGAAAACCUUGGCUGAGGAGGCUGCUUGGAAUUUUGCAAAAGAGAAUGCAACUGACUUGGUUAUAAUGAAUCCAUCAUUUGUGAUUGGCCCUCUUUUACAGCCAACUCUUAAUUACAGUGUGGAGAUGAUUCUCAACCUUGUUAAUGGAGGUGAGACAUACCCAAAUGCAAAUUAUAGGUGCAUAGAUGUUAGAGAUGUUGCAAAUGCACAUAUUCAAGCUUUUGAAAUUCCUUCAGCUAGUGGGAGAUAUUGUUUGACAGCACAUGUCACAACCUUUUCUGAGGUUCUAAAGAUCAUCCAUGAAAAUUAUCCUACUUUGCACCUUCCUCAAAAAAGUGAAGAAGACAACUCCAUGCCAUACCAGGUGUCCAAGGAGAAAGCAAAGACUUUGGGUAUCAACUUCACUCCACUGGAUGUGUCUCUUGUAGACACUAUUGAGAGCUUGAAGGAGAAGGGCUUUCUGAAAAUCUGA